AUGGCCAUGUCACGGUGGACGGCGUGGGUCGCCGCCGGACUCCUCGCGCGUCUGCUCAUGAUCGCCGUCCUGCUCAUGUCCGUGCGUUUCGUGCUUGCCAACCACACCGAGGUCGAACUCAUCAACAUCGACUACUACAAGCUCCAGAGCUACUCGUACGUGGUCGCGUCGGCCAUCAUAGGGUUGGCGGGGAGCGUGCUGCAGAUACCCGUCGCCCUCUACCUCCUGUGCAAGAGCAAGAGGAUGACCACCAGCGCCAUGAUCCUGGACAUCAGCAUGGGUGCAGACAUGGUGAUCAGCCUCGUGCUAACCAGCGGCGUCAGCGCCGGGUUCGGCGCGACCAACGACGUCCUGCACUACGUGAACGGCGCCACCUGGAAGGACCCGGCCGUCCAGAAAAUUCUCAAGGACUACUAUGGCAGGGCAAUCGUCGCCCUCAUCUUGCUCCUCGUCGGCAUGCUCCUCUCCAUCUGCGCCACGGCCGUCUCGGCCAGGCUCCGGUCCAAGGCCAUCAACGACCGUGAAUUCGAUGGGGCCUGA